CCAACUUCCAUCAUCGGUUUCGCUCCAUAAGAAUGUCGCGCUACCUCGCUCCCCGCUUCAUCCGCUCAACUUCAACAACAACAACAACAACAACCCAUCUAUCCUUCCUGCGACCCUCUCUUCUUUUCCACCACGCAUACCUCCCACUCCGCACACCAGCAACCAGAACAAUGUCAACCGUACAAAAAUCCGAAGACGAGUGGAGGGCGGUCCUCAACAAAGAGCAGUUCCGGGUGCUGAGGGAGAAGGGCACCGAGGCUGCUGGGACGGGGGAGUACAAUAAGCACAAAGCCGACGGAGUGUAUCAUUGUGCGGGAUGCAAUGCGGCGCUCUACAAGUCGACGACAAAGUUCGAUUCGGGGUGUGGGUGGCCGGCCUUCUUUGACGCCAUCCCAGGCGCCAUCACCCGCCACGAAGACAACGCGUACGGGAUGCAGCGGAUUGAGAUUGUUUGCACAGCUUGCGGAGGCCAUCUAGGCCACGUCUUCAAAGGCGAAGGGUUCAAAACACCCACGGACGAACGUCAUUGCGUCAACUCCGUGUCUCUCAAGUUCGAGUCCUGAGCAACAUGUCGGGAAUCGAUGAGUGUCAUGUGGUGGAUAUCUUUUGGAGGUAGUAGAACAUUAAAGAAGUGUAUCGAGAUUACGAAGCUCUAGAUAGCGUAAAUGUAGCUACAAGUCGAUUCAUGUAGUAUCAAAGUCAUUGUGUGCCAGUCCUCCGGCCCUCCGCCAGACCUGAUGGAGCCACCUGCGACGAGAUGUCGCCGACGACAACGAGAAGGUAUAAUGGACAUAACGCAAUACAUUCAUGUGUAACCCUCUCAAAACGACCUUACACCAUCGAAAACUCAUUGAAAUCCUCCAAACAUUCAUAACCUCCCCAAACACCCCCGGCGGAAACCCAAUCUCAAC